UUGGGGGCUACUACCUCCAGCGAGCGCGGAGGUCGCGCUCCUGUUUCGCGCUCCCGGCAUCCGCCGCCAUGGCCUGGACCAAGUACCAGCUGUUCCUGGCCGGGCUCAUGCUCGUCACCGGCUCCAUCAACACGCUCUCGGCAAAGGACAGACAGACGAGAAUGUGACCACAGCAAGUGCUAACCAGUUAAUACACAGAGAGCUCCACGUGCCACGUCCUGCCCUGGCUGCCUUUCAUGAGUUAAGUUAAUGAAUUCUCAUAACCACCCUAUGAGGUAGAUAAAUUCCUUGUCCCUGGAUAAGGAAACUGAGGUUCUGGAAAGAGGGGCUUGCUUACCCAAGUUCAACUCAGCUAUUAAGUGGCACAGUUUAUAUUUGAGCCUAAGUAGUCUGGCUCUAGAAUCCGUGCUCUUAACCUCCACUGUGGAUGAGGCUAGGGACUUCUCUAGUCAUCCUUAGGGGCAUUUAAAGUUGUUAGAAACAUAGAAAUUAUCCAUUCUCAUCCCCACAGUUUACAGUCAAGGUCCCAAGAAAAGUUUCGUGUGUGUGUGACUCAGCUGGUUGGUGUCUAGAACCUAGGUCUCAGGAUUUGGGUCCAGUGCUGGUCUUCUACAGCUACGGUACCCAAAACUCCCUCUUCCUUGGGGGUUUCCUCUUAUAUCUCUGCAGGCAAGAACAGACAAGCAUGUGCCCAUGGAAGUUGUAAUCCUAUAAGUGGCAUCUCCUCUCCCUGCCGUCGGGGUGCCUCCCCUCUGGGACUGGGUGACGAGCAUCUGAAGCGUCCAUCCCAGAGAUCACUCAGGGUUCAGCGUUAGCGUCUCUCGUAGCCUCUUGCAGUUUCUUGGCCUGUAAAAUGAGCAUAAUGUUUCCCUCCCCGGCUGCUUGGGCGGACUGGAGACAGUGGAUGAGGAAGUGGGCGUGAGCACGUGCUGCUCCUGUGCUGGGAUCACAGGUCAGCUGUCCGCUGCAGGAGGUCACUGCCCACUCAGCAGGAUUGGGUGCGCUGCAGGGAGCCGGCCUGGCCAGGCUGGGCUGGGCUGGGGCUGGGUAUCACCUACCCCCCGGAGGGAGAGUCACCGAUCAGGCUGGCCCUGUAGCCUCGUCCCUGGGUGUGGGCAGAAGGUCCCUCCCUUCUCCUUUCUGUGGCUGCUUUCUCCCCCUCACCAGGCUUCUGCUGAUGCACUUCCUGGAGACCAAGCAUUUGCCUUCUUCUGGCACCGCGUGGGGCUGUCUGCCUGAACCAGUGCACGUUUCGGAGCCCCACCCUCCUGAAUCCAGCUGGGGUUCUGCAUGUAAAGAGCCAGGGUCAAGUAGACGCUCACUCAGGAAGGCUCACAUCCCCUCCUAAACUUCUGCAGGCUGUGCAGCCCACCUAGCCACGAAGGGGCCAUGGGGGUCAUUUCUCCAGCAGUCAGGCCCACUGGGUCUGGGGAGCCUGCAGGAAGGUGGCAGGAGGCCUGCGAUCACUGGGCCUCUUUUAGGGGAGGACGCUCACUGUCCUUCCUGCGCCAGCUCUAACUUUUGCCUUGGCUGCUGCCUCUCCCCCACCCAUAGGUUCCAAAAGUGGGCACGGGAUAAUUGCUUCAGAGGGGUUCAGGCCAGCUGGAGAAAGCCUUAAACCAGCAGGGCAGUGCAGCAGUGAAAAGAGCAUGAGGCUAGGAAGCUAUGAGAUUAGAUGAGUCACUGGGCCUCUCCAAACCUCCGUUUCAUCUAUAAAGUGGGCGUGAUAAUCCCUGCCCCACCUUCUUCCCAGACUCCUUGUAAGAUCUACUGAGGAGAGUUACCUAAUACUUAAGAGAGGGAGGGCUGUCAUCAUUUAUCACCACGUGAGCCAGGGCCACCUGCUGUGACACCCCCGAGAGUGGAGAAGCCCUGGGGCCCUUCUGAAGAUCCCAAGCCAGAGAAAGAAGCUGACUCACUGGGCUUAACAGGCCCAGGAUGAGAGCGGAAAUGGCAUAGAUUCUGUGGGGAAUAUGGACACACAGCUAAUCGGCCCGAGGCAGCCGCAUCAACCACUUCCUCAGCUUCUGACCGCCACCUCUGGUCCCACACAGACGCGCACACCCCUUGGAACGCUGAGCUUUGAGCUUACUGAGCAAGGCCACGCCAGAGUGACUCGCCCCUAGUAAGGGUAGCCCACCCGGAGCCCUCCAAGGCCCAGGGAACUCUAAAGGAAGCCCACCUCUGCCAGUGCAGGGCGCUUCCUCAUGUGGGUCCCCAAGGCCUCCUGCCCUAGAGACCACAGCUUUCCCCAGGAUAUAGUGUCCAGAGAGAAUGGAGGGCCCAUCUGCAGGGCUGACCUUUUCCCCGCCUCAGCCAGGGGGGUGGGAAGAAUCCUGAGUAAGAAGGUGAUCGGUGUUGAGGACGGAGCACUGAACAGGGGGUGGUGCUCCUGGGUACUAGCGCUUCCCUGUGUCCCUCAAGCCCUGUCUGGUCCCUGGGUUUCUCGUCUCUCAAACAAGGAGCUUCCCGAGAUGAUGGCUGAGUUUGUUCUCCUCUUUCAGCACUUUGUGGCCCUCCGGGUGCCUCUGCGUCAGCCUGCAGGCUGGGUCCCAGAGGAUGGAUACUCUCCCCGGAAGCUUUCAGGCUGGAGCAGAGCUGGGGCCACACCCACCCAACACAAGGGGAAGUGGUUCCUGCUCAGCAGAGGAGAGAGAGGGAGAAGAGGGGCAGCAAAGGACUUUUAGUGACCCCCUGCCAUAUGCCAGGUCUUAUAUGUCUUAUUACUUUUGCCAAUUCAUCAGUGUUGGCAUUAUUAUCCCCGACUUAUAGGUGAGAAAUCUAUAACUCAUCCAACCUGUGAGAGUCAGAAGUCUGGCCUUUCCGUGUAUCCUGCUGCCUUUUCUGAAAAUAAGUGCAAGCAGAUGGGUUCAGCCCUAGAUCCGCCCACUGUUAACUGUAUGAGCCUGAACACGGCCCUCUCCACCCCAAGGUCUGAAGUCCCUGCCUGUAAAAUGCGGACCGUUGUUGUGAGGCCUAAACCACACAGCCCGCGUGAAGUGUUCAGGCUCCUCAGGGAGAAGCACAGGCCUGGUACAAGGAGCAGGGGAUUGAAAGCUGUGGACGUUGCUGGAUGCUGAGCUCACAGCCUCUCAAGUGACAAGGACUAUGGAACCAGAAGGUGGGCGGACAACUUCGUGGCCCCAGGCUGCGGAGGGAGCCAGGAGCACAGCUUCCAGCAUCCCUUCCUCCAGGCAGUGGGCAUGUUCCUGGGGGAGCUCUUCUGCCUGGCUGCCUUCUACCUACUCCUGUGCAGAGCUGCAGGGCACCCAGACACCAGCAUGGAUCCCCAGCAGCCCUUCAACCCCCUUCUCUUCCUGCCCCCAGCCCUCUGCGACAUGACCGCGACCAGCAUCAUGUAUGUGGCCCUGAACAUGACCAGUGCUUCCAGCUUCCAGAUGCUGCGGGGAGCAGUGAUCAUAUUCACAGGCCUGUUUUCGGUGACCUUCCUGGGACGGAGGCUGGCACUGAGCCAGUGGCUGGGUAUCCUCGCGACCAUCGCAGGGCUGGUGGUCGUGGGCCUGGCUGACCUCCUGAGCAGGAACGACAGUCAGCACAAGCUCAGCGAAGUGAUCACAGGUGUGGCCGGGGUGGGCAUCCCGGGGCUGCCCAGCACAGAGUCACUCGACAAAGCAUUUUACAAGCUCCGCUGUCCGCCAAGCCCUGGGGGAGGGCACGUGGGCCACCAGCUGAUGUGGACAUGCACCUGCUUCCCAGGGGACCUGCUGAUCAUCAUGGCCCAGAUCAUCGUUUCCAUCCAGAUGGUGCUGGAGGAGAAGUUUGUCUACAAGCACAACGUGCACCCACUGCGGGCAGUCGGCACUGAGGGCCUCUUUGGCUUCGUGAUCCUCUCCCUGCUGCUGGUGCCCAUGUACUACAUCCCCGCCGGUUCCUUCAGUGGAAACCCUCGCGGGACGCUGGAGGACGCGCUGGACGCCUUCUGCCAGGUGGGCCGACAGCCACUCAUCGCACUGGCACUGCUGGGCAACAUCAGCAGCAUCGCCUUCUUCAACUUUGCAGGCAUCAGUGUCACAAAGGAACUGAGCGCCACCACCCGAAUGGUGCUGGACAGCCUGCGUACCAUUGUCAUCUGGGCAGUGAGCCUGACGCUGGGCUGGGAGGCCUUCCACCCGCUGCAGAUCCUUGGCUUCCUCAUCCUCCUGAUGGGCACAGCCCUCUACAAUGGGCUGCACCGCCUGCUACUGAGCCGCCUGUCCAGGGGCCGGCCCCCGGCAGAGGAGGGCGAGCAUGAGAGACUGCUGGGGGGCCCUCGGACUGCCAUCAACGAUGCCAGCUGAGCCUCCUGCUCUGCUGCCACCUGGACGCUCCUUGUUCACCCUGAGGCUGAGGCCACGUGGGCUGGUGAACCUCAAAUGCCCUGCCCCCGAGGCCUCACCCUGCCCCCUCCCCACAGACACCCCCCACCCACCCACCCAGGGCAGCUGCUGCCACAGAAGAUGACACAACACCCAGGUCCUCCUUUGUCACCACCCCAUUCAGGCCUGAGUGCAGUGCCCGACCCCCAGCAGGCUUCCCCAGCCCCUCCUGCAACACUAGAGCUAAAUCAUGGAGUAGAAUUGCAGGAACCAACAGCCCUAGGGUUUCCUCCUAAAUCAUAGGCUAAAUAUGGUUCUAAUAGGCUAAAUACGGCCUUCCAUUUUAAAGAUGAGUAAACUUGAGUCCCAGAGUGUUGCCCCUCCUGCAACACUAGAGCUAAAUCAUGGAGUAGAAUUGCAGGAACCAACAGCCCUAGGGCUUCCCCCUAAAUCGUAGGCUAAAUAUGGUUCUAAUAGGCUAAAUAUGGCCUUCCAUUUUAAAGAUGAGCAAACUUGAGUCCCAGAGUUGUAAGUUGUUUGGCAAAAGGGCUCUCCUGCCACGGGCUCUGGCCGUGCAGCCACACGACCAGGCAGUCGGCUGGGUUGUAGAGCACGUCUGGGGUUCUGCCUCACCCCCAGCAACCCGACAGACACCAUGGAGAACCCUCCAAGGUGGUGGGUUUACCGGGAGUCUACCGUUGGGAGUGGUGCUGGUAUCCCAGGCGUUACGUUAAGUGCUUAGCUUUCAUUCUCCUGCAUAACAGCCUGCACAGGUGGGUGCAGGUGAGAAAAGUGUGGCCCAGAGGAGGUCCAGUGACUUCCUCUUGGAGCCGGUAUUUCAAGCUGGGUUUGCCUGAUUCCAAACCUGUGGGCCCACUUACCAUAAAGUCUCUGAGAUCUUUGGGGGUACUUCCUGUGGCUGGGAGAGAGGCAUCCUGUGCUGUUUUCCUCCCAGUAACCCCACCCUGAAGAGAGGGGACUGGCAGCAGGGACCCCAGGUUGCUGAGCGGCCCUUUAUUCCAGUGGUCCUCACUCUGUGGCAGGUCACUUUCCCGGGCAGCUCAAUCGUGAAACAAAUACUGAAUGCCUUCCUUAGAAUAGAUCCUGGGAGAAGGGAUCUCUGACAAGCAAAGCCCUCGGGCUGUGGGAAUCCAGCAGGUUCUUACCGUCGGGAGAGAAAGGCCUCUCCAUCCCACCAGCUCCGAGUCUCGGGGGGCCCUGACCUCCUCUGGGCCGUGGUGUGUGUCACAGGAAGAAGGAAAUGGAGAUCGAGGGUGGUGCGUCCAAAAAACUGGGGCCUUACAGUGUUGUUUCAGGCUUUUUAUUUUUAAAAAGAAGAGGGGAGUUGGCAGUGUGGACUUUUUUCUUUAAUAAGAGGGAAGGAGCACAAGGGUUAGGACAUUCCUGGAGGUAACGUCUAGAACGUUGGAUGGAAAAGCUGUAAGGUACCAAAGCAUAGAAAUCACAUGUGGAUUUUAGCAUUGAAGGGUUGGGGGGGAUUAUAAUGGGACUUCAGUGGUGAGAGGUGGCAGAGGAUGGGGAGGGCACUUAUGGUCAGGCCUGCCACCCACUCGGGCAACUUGCUUUAUCUCCUGGAGCUUUGGGUCUUCACAUCUCUAAAAUGGGGAAGCCUGCAUCUCACAGGAUGGCUGUGAAUAUUACCUACGAUAUAAAUGGAAGGUGGCUGUAAAUGCCAACGUACAGUGGAGCGUCCUGUAAGGCGGCACUGCCCACUAGGGUGGUCUGUCAGGCAUUGAAGUCCCAGCAGAGCCACGGUGUGGAGCAUCGGUUUUGCUCAGAGGGGGAGAAAUGUUUUGUUAGAACAUACCAUUGUGGAGUAGAGUGUAAACUUCGCAUCGAUUAUAAGAUAAAACAGGAUGCCUCAUAAAAUUUUUAUGUUGACCCUAA